AUGGAGCAGUUUCGCAUUUUCAUGAUGAUUGGAAUUUUCACAGUUCCUUGUGGAGCACAAAACAGACCAAGUCCUGCCCUACUCCAGAGCCCUUCCUAUCUGAUCUCAGUGCCCAGAGUGGUACGUUUUGGUGUUCCAACGACACUAUCCAUAACCAUACUUACCAAAUCAUCAGUUUUAGUUUCUUCUGAGAUAUUCCAAGGGAACCAAAGCCUGGGCCAGGCUCAGAGCACUAUUAAAGGAGGAUCAACUAAACUGCAAGUGCUGCCUCAUAUCCCUGAAAAUUCCAGCUCCUGGUCCCCCUUUAAGCUGAUUGUAAAAGGUUAUAUUGGAGAGACUUUGGUCUUCUCUAAUUCGACCCUGCUGCAGUACUCCCCUAAAAAUGUGUCAAUCCUGCUCCAGACUGACAAAGCCAAAUACAAACCAGGGCAAGCCGUGAAAAUCCGUGCUCUUAUUCUUACCCCUGAUGGCAAGCCGUGCAACAAACAAAUAGACAUUGUGAUAAUGGAUUCCCGGCAAAAUCUGAUCCAUCAGUGGCUGGCUGUUGAGACUUUACUUGGAAAGACAGAUAAAGAAUAUCAGCUCUCUCAGAACCCUCCUCUUGGGAUGUGGAGCAUCGUAGCUACUGUGAAUGAAGUCACUCAGGAAAAAAUGUUCACUGUCAGUCCUUACGUCUUGCCUAAAUUUAAGGUUCUGCUUAAUGCUCCUGAUGUACUGUACUAUGAAGAGAACCUGACAUACACUGUUACUGCACAAUAUAUUAAUGGAAAUCCAGUUGCUGGGAAAAUGAGCAUAGUAUAUGUUCAUGGGCACCGUGGUAUGACAAAAUCUUAUGAAGAAUUGAAAAUGAUUGAUGGAACAGCUGAAUUAAACUUUGAGGUUUCUUCACUGUAUCAGAAACCACCUGAUUACAUGUCCCUAGUUUAUGAAGAAUUCGUCCCCAAUGAUUAUAUCAACAUUACUGUACAGGUCACAGAGUUGCUGACUGGUGUCACAUACAACUGCUCUGUUUGGGUUUUCGUUACGAUGUAUAGAUAUAAUCUGGAGUUUCAGCAGCAUCCGUUCACCGUCAAGCCGUCUUUGGACUUUUCUGCCCAGCUAAUAUUGUCCACAUACAGCAGCCGUCCUUUGACAGUGGAAGACCAGAGUCGGAAUGUGACUAUCACUGUGAAACAGCAGCAACUCAGUCCAUGGAUGUUUGGAUUGGACAAUCCGGAUAAUUUUGAACUCCAGAACUCUUCUCAUUUAAAGUUUGAUUCCACAGGUUACCCUUAUCCUGAUGAAAAUAUUUCAGUGACGAUCUUACAACUUUCUGUCCCUGCUGAUGGAGUUAUCCCCUUCCAGAUCAAGCUCUCUGAAAAUAUUGCUAUUCUAACAAUAGAGGCUCAAUAUGAAGGCACUUACAAGAGUCUACAGCUAUACACAAGAUACUCAUCUCCUUCCAGAUCUUACAUACAACUGAGAAGCAAAAGUUCUCCACAGAUUGGGCAAUCGCUCUACAUGACUUUGGAAAGUAGUUUCCCCUUAACUGAAUUUCACUACAUGGUGACAUCACGUGGCCAGGUGGUGGCAGCUGGGACCAUGACUUCCUCAAACUUCUCUCUGUCUCCUGAUCUAUCUUGGGCUCCCCUCGCAAACGUGUUGGUGUACUGCGUCCUUCCUGAUGGAGAGAUCAUCAAUGAUGUGUUGGAUGUUUCUUUCACAAAAAUCCUGCAGAACAAUGUGUCUGUAAACUGGUCAAAAGAACAAGCAGAGCCAGAGGAGAGUGUGUCGCUGUCCAUCUCUGUAGCUGAGCCCAGAUCACUGGUGGGAAUCCUCAUAGUAGAGAAAGCAAGCCAGGACUCAAAACAAAGCAACGGUUUCACAGAAAAAAAGGUUUUAGAAGAGCUGGCUUCUUACACUACAGACGUGAUGCCGCCGGACAGAAUGGAAUUCAGCAGCCCGUACCCUGUGUUCAUGACCAGUGGAAUGACAUUCCUCACUGAUGCAAACCUAAACGUAGAAAACACCUACACCAAGCCGGAAUUCCCAUUAGAGGGAUUCACAAUGCUUCCAUCAAUUGAUAAACCAGACCAGGAAGCUUGUCAGCAAAGGACCUUUCUGGAGACAUGGCUGUGGCUUGACAUUACCAUGGGUGAAUCUACAAACACAGCUUUGACACUCACUGUACCUGACAGCAUGACCUCAUGGGUGGCCACAGCCAUCGUGAUAUCAGAGAAUCUGGGUUUGGGGCUCAGCGCUCCUGCAGAGCUGCGAGUUUCUAAAGACUUCUUUGUGUCUUUGAAUCUGCCGGCGUAUCUGAUCCGAGGCGAGCUGUUGCUACUGGAAGUCAGUCUUUUCAACUACAUGGAUAUGGACCUAGAGGUGCUUGUGACAGUGGAUGAGAGCAGUAUGUUUGAGUUUGUGACCUCAGCUGGUAAUCAAUCUUUGUUAGCAAACAUGCGUCAUGUGUCCUUAUGGAGGCAAAAAAGCAGCACUGUGAUGUUUGCUAUAAGAGCCACCCAGCUCGGUCAGAUGCCCAUCUCUGUCAAGGCCAAAAGCAUCCAUGCCUCGGAUUCUGUCUCUCAGACAAUCUUGGUUAAGCCAGAGGGGAGCAGGCAGUCGUUCACGCAGACACUUUUUCUGGAGUUUGCCCCAAAGAAGACGUCUCUGUCCAGAGAGGUUGAGUUUCUUUUCCCUUCAGCAGCUGUGCCAGGCAGUCUGAGUGCCCAGGUCACUGCAGUUGGUGACAUUUUGGGGCCAUCCAUCAGUGGUCUGGACUCUCUGAUUCAGAUGCCAUAUGGCUGUGGUGAGCAGAACAUGAUCCACUUUGCACCAAAUGUUUACGUGCUGCAGUAUCUGAGGAAGCUGAGCCACACAGAUGAGGAAACACGUGCUAAAGCUCUCAGCUACCUAAAACAAGGCUAUGAGCGUGAGUUGUCAUAUCAGAGGCUGGACGGCUCCUUCAGCGCUUUUGGAGAUAAUGAUCCCUCUGGCAGUACAUGGUUAUCAGCAUUUGUGCUGAGGUGUUUCCUCCAGGCUCAACCAUUUAUCCUCAUUGACACGGCGAUCCUCCUCAGGACGAGAAACUGGCUGUGGGCCCAACAGAAGGCUGAUGGUUCCUUCGCAGAGCCAGGACGAGUAAUACACACUGAGCUGCAGGGAGGAUUGGAUGGUGAAACGUCUCUCACUGCUUAUGUUCUUGUGGCUCUUCUUGAGGACGUUGAGUACAGGAGUACAUAUGACAGUCAGAUAUCUUCUGCCAUGAACUAUCUGACCUCCAGACUAAGCCAAGGCAUCUUCAGCAACUACAGCUUGUGUCUGGUGACUUAUGCAUUGUCUCUGGCCAAAAGUCCAUCAGCUGUCAUCGCUCUUGAUGAACUGAUGAACAGAGCCCAGAUGUAUGAUGGCAUACCCAUGUGGAGCACUGGUGUGACCGGCAUGUGGCAGCCACGCUCAGCUGACAUCGAGAUGGCAUCCUACACUCUGCUUUCCCUGUACAUGUUGGGUAACGUGGAACAAGCCCUCAGCCUUAUGAAGUGGCUUAGUCGACAGAGGAACCACCUAGGAGGAUACGGCUCCACACAGGACACAGUGAUUGCACUGCAGGCUCUAUCAGCCUUUGCCUCGCUGGGCAGCACAGAGCAGAUCAACCUCAACAUCACAGUGAAUAUGCAGAUGACUACAGUGGCUACGUUCAUCAUAGACCGAACUAACUACCUGCUCCACCAAUACCAAGAGAUUGAACCUGAAAAGCAUCUCCAGCUCCAAGUGUCCGCUGUGGGAAAAGGAUUUGCGCUGUUCCAGCUUACAGCAUUCUACAAUGUACAGACUCAAGAGCUUUCACGUGGACGUUCCCACACUUGUGAAGCCUUUGAGUUAUACAUACAUGUUAUGGACUAUGGCAUGUACAAUGUCAACCUUGGUAUAUGUUUCCGGCUGUGUGAGAACCAGGUGCUAAAUCAGACAGGAAUGGCCAUUUUGGAUGUCGGUCUACUCACUGGCUUCAGUUUGGCUCAAAGUAGCAUCCCAAUAAACGAGCUAGUUAGAAAAGUGGAGACGUAUCCAGGAAAAGUCAUCCUUUACUUGGACUCGGUAACCAAAGCUGAAACCUGUGUUGAGGUUCCAACUACAAUGGAGUUUAAAGUGACCGGUAUUCAGGAAGCAGUGGUCACGAUUUAUGAUUAUUAUGAACCAACGAGAAGGACAGUUGGGACAUACACAUCCAAGAUCAGAGAAGACAUGCCAUUUUGUGUUUUCUGUGGGAAGGAUUGCUCUCAAUGUGAAGAUUUUGGGAACACUGUAUUUGAUGGUAUAAUUUCCUCACACCAUCACCAGGGUUUGGUUCUGAGCCUGGCUUUGCUGCUUCUUAUCACCUUCUCACUCUUUUUCUAGAUAAGAGUUGUAUUUUGUUUAUGUCAAGAAGCAUUAUAACAUAACAACAUGCGUUAUUAAAACCGU